AUGCCCCGGAAGUUUGUAAACAUAAUCCGAUCUCUAUAUUCACAUACUCCUGGGCGGGUGAGGGUGUAUGGUGAGCUCUCCAAAAGCUUCCCUACAAAAAGUGGUGUCAGACAAGGAUGUCAACUCUCCCCAUUCUUGUUCAACUUCGUCAUCGAUGAAAUAAUGAGGCGAACACUGGACGGUUUUCAAAACCCCGGUGUUCAAAUUGUUGCUGGCGAGAGCCUUGUCGAUCUGGAGUACGCAGAUGACAUCGCCCUCAUCUUUGAAGACCAUAGCGAAGCACAAGCCCUGUUGAAUAAACUGACCGCCAUCAUACCAUCAUUUGGCAUGCGCCUUGCACCUUCAAAGUGCAAAGUCCUGCUUCAGAACGUGCCAUCUGCGAACAUAUCCCUUACAGUUCAAGGAGAACCACUGGAGAUUGUGGAAAACUUUACAUACCUCGGUAGUUGUAUUAGCUCUGACGGAAGUGUGUCUGAUGAAGUCAGUGCAAGAAUCUCAAAGGCUCGAAUCACGUUUGCUAAUUUGCGUCACUUGUGGCGUCAAAAAGGCAUCUCACUGGAUCUUAAGGGUCGUGUGUACCAGACCACAGUAAGGGCUGUGUUGUUGUAUGGGUGCGAGAUAUGGCCUCUUCGGGUAGAUGAUGUGAGGCGUCUUCAAGUUUUCGACCACCGAUCCCUCAGAGGCGUGGCUGAUUGUGGAUGGCGCCAACGUGUUUGUAACGAGGCACCUCAAUCAGGGAAAACGUCCAGCAUCAUCGACUACGAUGGCUCGUUCAUGUUCUACGCAUGCCGAAACACCGUCUACGGAGUCAUGAUGCAGAUCGAUAGUCUGAACGCUAUAAUUCAAGAAAAGCAGAUCCAAAAUCCAACCGGUCGAACUUCUGCUAGCAUGUCGGUUCAGCCUACUGAUCAGCUGGUUGGUGUGUCAGUCAAGAAUCACAUGGAAACUGUCAUCGCGACCACCGUUAUGCUCUCACUGAUAUCAGUAGUCGGAAUCGUUGGCAACAUUUUGGUGGUGUGGGCAUUUCGCUGCCACGCUUCUCAAGGUAUCGUCACCAGUAUGCUCAUUCUGACUUUGGCGUGCCUAGAUCUUCUGAUUUGUGUCGUUGGAAUUCCAAGUACUCUAUAUUUGGAUGUGUGGUCGGGUGAGACUACUGACAUCAUUUGCCGUAUUCACAUGGCGUUCAAAGGAUUUAUUGUGCCUGUCUCGGCUUGCGUGUUAGUGUUUAUUGCGCUUGAACGGUUUUUUCUCAUCUGUUUUAUUCCCGGUUUCGAACUGAAACGUAUCCACCUGACGGUGGCUUUUAUUUCCAUGUUGUGCUUUGGAAUAAUGCUGGCCAUCCCAAUGGGUUUACAUGUGAAAUCUAGCGAAAUCGCCAAAGAUCGGGACGAACUACUUCAUUUGGCACUGCAAUCAAGUAAAACCAGUAUGAAUUCACCCAAACAGACCGCAGUCCAUAUUCCCAGACGUUGUGUGAAAGAUGACCAAUACGUUGGUGACACUAUCUACUGGUACUUUCAAGUUGUGGUCAUGUUCCUGUUUGCUUUUCUCUUCUUCAGCCUGGUGUGUAUUUACGGAGUGAUUUUCUUGUUUGUAUGGCGCCACGAAUCGCUAAUGUUCGAACGAUACGGGAAGUCAAAAUAUCGUGGCUACUGGAUCCGCAUACACGCAUCCUCCAAACAAAGCACUCAACGCCCCUCACACUCAAAACAUUCAUCGACCCAGCCCAGCAAGGAGGAGAGCGAAAGCUUGCGGAAAACGGAAGAUAGUUGCGGCAGUAGAAAAGAUCAAAAGUUGGAAAGAAUUCGCUGUGCUUGUCUGUGUGAUUCAAAGCAGGUUGAGGAGAACACAGAAACCCAGUAUACCAGCCUACGAAAUGUGUCCAAAGCGAGUACGGACUCGAACAAAAAAAUUGGCAAAAUAGUCGAUUACGAAACAAGCCAGAGAGAGUCAUACAAAGCACACAAUAUCAUUGAGUCGGCCAACUGGUUACCCGAGUCAAGCUCACCCUCUGCUAGAACGAGUAAUUCGAAUCCCAAUAAGACAUGUUGCUGGAAAUCCCCAACAUCUGUCACGAUUGUGUCCGGCAGUAAUGAAUCGGGGGACGGUGCACCACAUCCAGUAAAAAUUAAAAAUGAAGAUAUUAUCAAGAGCCCAUUUCCUAAGCAAGAAGACUAUAUAGCCCGUACAAAAUGGGCCGCACAAACGAUGGAACGGAGGCGCCGACCCCAUGUACAUGCGGCACAAACGUUUGCCCUAAUUGCCGCUGCAUUUGUCAUGUCAUACAGUCCCUAUCUCAUAUACACUUCGAUGCCCGUGACCAGACGAACUAUUCGGACGGUGCAUGAUGAAGAUCGCUGGUAUGUUCAGGUGGGGCGGGUGGCAUUCUACAUGUACUUUAUUAAUUCGGCUCUAAACCCCAUCAUUUACUCAUGUACGAACAGGCAUUUUCGGACGCGUCUUGUCGAAAUUGUAUCCCGAUUCAGAGAUAUCUGUGCUGUUUGCACUUGCAAAUCCACAAGUACGAAGGAUGACCUUGAACAAAAAGGAAAUUUAAAGCCACAGGAGAUGCAGUCCCUAAGUGGUGCACCAGACUCAACGUUUGAAAAAAGCGAACGAAAGCAAACAGAUCUGUGA